CGCCGGCUCUAGCAAUGGCGGAGUACGACUUAACCACGAAGAUCGCCCACUUCUUGGACCGGCAUUUGGUCUUCCCUCUCCUUGAAUUUCUAUCCGUCAAAGAGAUUUACAAUGAGAAGGAGUUAUUUCAGGGGAAGCUGGACCUCCUCAGUGAUACCAACAUGGUUGACUUUGCCAUGGACGUAUACAAGAACCUAUAUGCAGAUAAAGAAAUCCCUCACGCUCUGAGGGAAAAGAGGACCACAGUUGUUGCCCAACUGAAGCAGCUGCAGGCAGAAACUGAGCCCAUUGUUAAAAUGUUUGAGGAUCCCGAGACCACUCGCCAGAUGCAGUCCACCAGAGAUGGCCGAAUGCUGUUUGAUCACCUCGCUGAAAAACAUGGGUUUCGACAGGAAUACUUGGAUACUCUUUACAGAUAUGCAAAGUUUCAGUAUGAAUGUGGCAACUAUUCUGGAGCUGCGGAGUACUUGUACUUUUUCAGAGUGCUGGUUCCAUCUACAGACAGAAAUGCCCUCAGUUCUCUCUGGGGUAAGUUAGCGUCGGAGAUUUUGAUGCAGAAUUGGGAUGCAGCCAUGGAAGAUCUCACAAGGCUAAAAGAAACGAUAGACAAUAAUACUGUCAGUUCUCCACUCCAGUCUCUUCAGCACAGAACAUGGCUAAUACAUUGGUCUCUGUUUGUAUUCUUCAACCACCCAAAAGGAAGAGACAACAUCAUUGACUUGUUCCUCUACCAGCCUCAAUACCUGAAUGCCAUUCAGACUAUGUGUCCGCACAUUCUCCGAUAUCUGACGACUGCCGUGAUCACCAACAAAGAUGUGAGGAAACGAAGACAAGUCUUAAAAGAUUUGGUUAAGGUCAUCCAACAGGAAUCCUACACUUACAAAGACCCGAUUACUGAGUUUGUGGAAUGCUUAUAUGUCAACUUUGACUUUGAUGGAGCACAGAAAAAGUUAAGAGAAUGCGAAUCGGUGCUGGUAAAUGACUUCUUCCUUGUGGCCUGCCUAGAAGACUUCAUUGAAAAUGCCAGACUCUUUAUAUUUGAGACUUUCUGUCGCAUCCAUCAGUGUAUAAGCAUCAGCAUGUUGGCUGACAAACUGAAUAUGACUCCGGAAGAAGCUGAAAGGUGGAUUGUCAACUUAAUUCGUAAUGCAAGACUGGACGCCAAGAUAGAUUCCAAACUGGGUCACGUGGUUAUGGGAAACAAUGCCGUCUCUCCUUAUCAGCAAGUGAUUGAAAAGACAAAGAGCCUUGCAUUCCGUAGCCAAAUGCUGGCUAUGAAUAUUGAGAAGAAAACGAACCAGAACAGCAGAACUGAGGCACCUACCUGGGCAGCUCAGGAUUCCGGAUUCUAUUGAUGACUUCAUUUGAACUUCACACCAGCUCAAAGUUUCCCUGUUACCCAUGCUUUCUUUUCCUCUUACAAAAACCAAGCCACAUUGUAAGGUUAAAGGAAGGCAUGCGUUUGAAUAAAAUGGGUACACUUCCUUUUAA